GCUACAGAGCACCUGGAUUCCUAAAGAUUAGCAACAGGCAGGCGUGCUUCCGAGCGCCUGUGCCUCUUACUGCCUUGUCCCAAAGUGUGUUUUUUCUUUCCUGAAUUGCAUUUCACACCUUGACUGAGUGAGAGUGACGGAAGGCAGGCAGGAUGAGUGGUGGGAGGCUUGUAUUAAGCACUCCAAAUUCAGACGAAAGUACAGCAUUUACACCACUCAAGCCAGUCACAAUGCCCAGGGAGUCUACAGAAGAGACGUCUGUCUUUGAUGACAUCAAACCCCCAAUACGGAUCCUGGACAAUCAACAUGAUUUGGCACAGGCACAAGCUGAAAUGGACAAGUACCUCUCUGGCCAAGAGUCAUCAGUGGCCAUGGAAUCUGAUAAGAAGUAUCGCCGGGAGAGUGCCUCGGUGGUGGAUGAGUUUUUCUCAACGGAGAAGCUGCCUUCCACUCCCUACAGUGUGAAUAUCAAUGUGAUCCUUCCAGACACCACUCACCUGCGCACAGGACUCUAUCGGCCCACCAAGGCCCUUGCCCCCUUCCCCCAGAUCAAAAUGGAACCUGGCACCAGCUUUGCCCAACCCUGUUCAUCUGCAACGGGCCCAGUACAGACUCUGCCAGACUUCACCAGUGUCUUCAGCAUGCCCCACUCAGUGGCCGCAAACAAUAUCUUCGUCAAACAAGAAAUGCCCUCUGAGAUCCCUCUGGCUUCAAGCCUGCUUUACCAGUUGCCAUCUAGCCACAGUGGAGGGGAAAUGACCAGAAUGGCACACCCGGCAUGCAACACCACCGCCAUCAGCGCCGUCACUGGAGUUGCCAUGUCCACCGGCAGCUCCUUGCUGGACACCAGACCCCUUCCCAGACACACAAGGCCAGGAGGGCAGGCCAAGCCAUUCCAACCCCCCUCCCAAGGGCAAGCCAGUUUCCACUUAGCAGGACAAUUCUACCCUGUGCCAGGGGUGAGCCUGCCCCCUUCGCCUCCCAACUCACAACCUGGCAGCCCCGAGAACCAGCCGGAGCUCAUCAACACCAUCUCUCCUCCGCCUUCCUAUGAAGCUGCUUUUGGACUGAAAUUGGCUCAGCCAGCCCAGAUCCCACCUCUUCCGAAUGGCCUGGGGAACCUUUCCCAGGGGCACGUCAUCAUGCCCACGCCCAAAUACAACCGGAGGAACAACCCAGAGUUGGAAAAAAGGAGAAUCCACCACUGCGAUUACCCUGGUUGCUCAAAGGUCUACACCAAAAGUUCGCACCUGAAGGCACAUCAGAGAACACAUACUGGCGAGAAGCCCUACAAGUGCACGUGGGAUAGCUGCGACUGGCGCUUUGCCCGCUCGGAUGAGCUCACCCGACACUACCGCAAGCACACCGGAGCCAAGCCUUUCAAGUGCGUUGCUUGUGGCCGCUGCUUCUCCCGCUCUGACCACCUGGCUCUGCACAUGAAGAGGCACCAGAGUUAAAGACUGGAGCAUGGUUGUCCUGCAGAGGUGACCCCCCCUCUCCCUUUGUACAUACAAACCAACCGCACUGUGAUCAAAUGGCUACACAUCUGGCUUUGCUUCUUAACACCGUGAGUGCUUUGAAAGGAAAUUGAGCUGCGAAAGGGAAGGGUCCAGGAGAAGUUCUGGAAUCUCAGAGCUCCAUCUCUAGAACGCGCGCAACUUGUUUUGCUCUUCAGGAGACUUUCUCUCAUGCCUUGGAGGAACUGCUGAGAAGAUUCCAGGAGGUCCCCCAAGACGACACAGGAACUAUACAGAAUUUGCCACUUGAAGCACUAGCAAGAACAACUUAAAACACAACAAAGUACACCCACUCCAGUUCAGACUCCUCUUCUGUGCCUUCUGGAUUUAGUGAUGCUAGUUAUGGGGUAGCCCCUCCCAUGUUCAACUGUGGAAGCAAGUUCUUUGGUUUGCCCUGGACAAUCUGUCAAGAAGGACUAGUUGGCCACCUUUGUAACACACACUUUCCCCAUGCCUGUCCCAUGAGAACCUUUAGGUCUGACUCUGGCAGAAGACAGUCAUCCCAGCUAAGCUCAUCAAUCAGCUGACAGCGGCGAUCAUUGCCAUAGCCCAAACAAAAAAGUGAAUAUAAGAACAUAGACAGAACAUGCACCCUCUUGCCUCUUUUGUCCCACGAGGGCAAGCACUGCCCUGACUGUAACUCCAUGGAUCUGGAGAACUCUGACACACGAGUCUUUGGCUGCAGUUAAUUUACUGUACAGCAAGAAAAGAUUGCUUGCAAAUUUCAGCAUGUAGGCAUACAGGUGGUUACAUCUAUAUAGUGCAAAGUUGUCUUCCGUCAUUCCUCUUUGGUCACAGGUUGGUGGACACAAUGUAUGGGUCUCCUUCACUUCUGGCUCCUUGAUUUGUUUUGUACAGGUAUAAAUGCGGGAUCAAAACCAGAGCAAUGGAAGGAACCUGCAGAUUUCAACUGUUUGCAUUGGCCAGGUAUUAGCACUCAGGGUUCUUCAGCCCUCAUGUGCCACAAAGGGGUUUUAAGCAGUGGGAACAAAAAGAAAGAUCAAUUUGUGAAAUGUCAAUACUUAGUGCCUUAAAAUGUUUUAGAUUUAGGUCACAAUCCAGAUGAAGUCUUCCUGAUUCAUUUUAAGUCUCACAGUUGUCAAAAGGAGAUACACGUGUGUUAACUUUCCAUUUGAAGUCAAUGGGAUUUAUGAGUAGCCAUGCUGGAUCAGAAUAAAGGUCCUCUAAUCCAGAAUCCCGUUUGCAACAUUGGUUGGUCAGAUGUCACAUGGAAACCUGCAAGGGGUAAAAUUCAGUAUUUUCCCUCUGAACCUGGAGGUCUCAUUCAGCUAUCAUGGCUAAUAGCUAACAAUAACUUCAUACAUCUGUCCAAGCUUCUACACUACAGUAUCCAUUCAAGUCAAUAGUCACUGCUACAUCUGACAGUAAGUUCCUCAGCACUUCCCAAGAUAUACUUCCUUAAAAGGGCUUCCUUGCAAUUGCUUCUUUGGCUGACUCAUGCCCCCCCACCUUUUGCUACCCUCGAAAUGGUAUUAUAUUGAAAUUCAAAUUUAUGAAAAGUUCAGAUUUCUAAAAAAAUGAGCUUGUGCAAAAUGCCAUUUGGGUCCUGGCCUUCCUGCUUUCAUCUGGAGGUUUCCUUGAUUGACUUAAGGUUUCUCCAGCCAUGUCAUUAUUGCCUGAGGGAUAUUUACCAGAGUGCUUCUUGCCAUUCUCACCAGCCCGCUGCCCUGAACUUCUUAUGGAAAUGAGAACAGAAGCAGGUGAACAGUGAAGCUUGCCAAAGGAAACAGUCUCAACUACACACAUGCAAACGUGAGAUCAUCUGUCUGUUUCAGUCAGAUCAUAAGAUGAUGGCUCUGGUGCCUCGCCAUUAGUCUUCAAGUGCUCUUAUUGAAAGGAGGACGAAUGCUCACAAUCGAAUUGCCUGUCCAACGUCAGUUCAUUAAUGCCAAUGCAACCAGACAACUCGUCUACCUUUGUGCAGCAUUUUUCUUGUCCUCCUUCAAAAGGCACUUUUUUAGACUGCGUAGUUGCUGAUCGCAAAUGGGCAGCACUUGGCUCCAAGAGUUUUGAGGCUCAAUUGUUUGCAAAUUCUUCAUGGUAAAUGGUUCCCCACUGAGACCCCUUCCCCCAAAUUUACAUAGCCAAAUGAAGAGAUGCAAACAAAAGGAACAAAAAACCACUUAUGCACACGUGGUCUCCUUUGCAUUGAGCAUACAUUCCCUUCGGGUUUGAUUCUCAGUUAUGCAUGUUUUCCCCUCUUCAGCAGUCACCGCACCUCCAGAUCAGAGAAUCCCCAUGAAGUAACACUAGACCAAAGGCAGCACAAAUUGGUACCCUCUUCUUUCCCUUGUUGGGGGGGAAGUCUGAGCAGGAUGACAGAAGUUUAAAGUUGGAGGGAGUUAUCCCAAGGCCAGUGCCCUGCUAAAUUCCCUUUCAGCAAGGCUAGCAGAUUCUGCCACGGAACUUUCAGGCAUUUGAAAGACUGGGGUAAUGGCUGAAAACACAUCUUCUCCACAUCCACCAAUGUCAUGCAGAACAAACUACAGGGCUCCGAUGUCUUCCAUGAUUUCUUUGUGUGCCCAAUUGUGGGGUCAUCUAUGUAUAUAUGAAGAACAGCUGUACAGAAUUAUAUGUGCGCAAACAUCAUAGAAUUGUAUCUUCCAUAUGAACCCAAAAUAGAAUCUGGAAAUCUGUUUGUGGGUUAAAGGGUUGUCUUCUGGGAAUUUGUGUUUGCUUCUUUUGCUAAAUAAAUAUAUUUGUUAAUUUCCUAAUGUUUUAUAAUAAAAUGAUGCUGUUAAAA